AAUAAAUUUAGUUUCAUCUAUCCAGCAAUGUGGAAGCUAAGCUAAACAUUGCACACUACUGUGAUAAGCAUAGCACACAAAGAAAAACCACAAAAGAAAAUGUUCCAUUCCACUAGCCAAUCGUCUGCAAGAUUUCCUUUGAUGGAAAAUUGUGUGUAAGUCAUAACAUCCGUCAGUAAGACCUGUGAGGCUGUCUUUCAGUUCCAGGGGAUCGUCAGAUAUGGAGGGACUCCAUAUUGCUCUGUUUGUUAUCUCAGGAGUUGUUUCCUGCAGUCAUGGUUGGAUUUCUGUACCAACACUGGAGGUGACAGCCAGACCUGGAGACAACAUUACUCUCUACUGUGACUGCAGGCAAUCAUUUGGAGCCUACACAAUGUGGUUCAGGAACUGUUCCCAUGAGAACCAGCCUACUCUUCUUUUAAGCCAGUUCAACGCUUAUAGAAACUUCAUUAAGCUUCCCGGCUUUGAAUUUGUGAAGAACAGUUCCACUGAUUCCUAUGACCUGCUGAUCGUGAACGUCACUGAUUCUGAUGAAGGUCUCUACUACUGUGGAACUCAAAAAGAGAUUGUGGAGGAUGGAAAAUACAUCACUACUAGACAUGUUUACAGAUACAGCAACAUCACAACAAGACUUAUAGUCGAUCCAGAACCCAGUGAGCCUCACCAUGAUGCCGAUGAGACUCGAGAAGACUGUGGUCAGUGCUGGAAGCUGCUCUUCUGUCUGUGUCCAGCUGGUGCUGUUCUCUCCGUUCUCUUGUCUGGUUUCGUGGUUCACCGGUUUUGCAGGAAAUCAGCAAUAACACCACAAGGUCACGAGGCAAGAUAUGACAGCCAACACCAAGACAAAGAGGGUGAAGACGUGUGUUAUGCCGCCGUGGAAAUCCGUCAGCCAUCACAGAGAUCAAAGAAGAGGAAACCCCAGAGUUUAGACUCCAGCAUAUAUUACACCCCUAGUAUGUGUUGAGUGAAAGGGGGGUUCAAAUGAGUCGUAUUCUUAGUCUUCCCUCUGUCAUUUAGCUUCUUCGUGUAAAGUUACUGUAAGAUCACAAAUGACCCACACUUGCUUCUCAGAUGUGCAUCUUUUCAGACUCUUCAGAGACUUUUGAUUCUCCUUACACAGCUCCCAUUGCAGUGUACAUACAUUUUUAAUGAACCACUUAAAUAAAUGAUUUAUAAAAAAAAAAAGAAAAUAAACAAGACUAUAUAUAUAUAGAUACAUUUUCCCGCCCAAAUUUGAUUUUUUUUAAAUACACAUUAACAUGAACCCAACAUAUUUUAGUACAGCCCUUAACUCCUUCAGACCAUUUCACACACAAUGCGACACUAGAGUUGUCAGUCUUAACUUCCUGUAUGUAUAUUUAUAAAUAGCACUAGACCAAGUUUAAUGUAGAACACAUAUAGUAGGUAGGGGAACCCCUACUUAAUCUCUCCAUCAAUUUGGGGGUCCUUGACCUGAAAAAACGUUGAGGUAAAAUAUGUUUUCAAUGGACAGAUCUCUCCACAGAAGUUAUGAAGUUAUGAGAAAAUACAGAGUUGACAGUUAAGUCAUCCUUAACCACAUCAUGUGGCCCAUGCAGCGAUCAGUAGGGCAGACAGGAAAACCACACCGAUCAGCCUCUCGUGUGAAUGCAGAGAUCAGCUCAGUACUUAAAAACACAUCAAGGCGAACAAUGGCUACUCUGAAGAAGUUCAAUGAAUAUGUGUGUUCAAAUUGUACUGUACACUGUGCUAUACUUGUGCUCGCAUCAUGUAAGAAGAAGCAGUGAUGCCAUCUGUUUGGUUAUGGUUGUGCAUGCUCUUUCUGUGUGUCGUGAAUGUGAGCCAUUAGCACACAGAUAACAACAACAGUUUGUGGUGUCUUACACAGAUUCAAAUGCCAGUAAAGUCAGCAGCAGCUUCUGUCAAAAGUCUCCUGACCUCUAGUGGAGACAUUUCACACAUGUAAUAAAACAAAAAGACCACAAGACAAGAUCUGACAGCAAGUUAAUGUAAGACAAAUGAUCCUGUUCCCAAACAUCUAAUCUUUAUUUUUAGUCCAGUGGUUUGAAAGAAAUAAUCUGCACAAUUAUCCAAAAUGCUUCAUUACCCUUACUCCUCCCUUUAUUUCAGAUGGAAAUAAUCUACCUUUUCUCCCACAAAUGUAUUUGCUACUUAUAAGAUGCAGAUUUGACUUAAUUAAAGGAUAAUAUGACGUCAUGGAACACCAACACAAUACUCCAACUUCAUCAGUACAGCAUUUUUUAGUGCAAAGCGAUGUGAGGUGCCCAAAGAGUUUGUGGACUUGCAAGCUCCUGAGGUUCUGCUCCACCAGAUGCCUCAGCCUCCUCAUGUGCAUUCAAAGAGUACUGAACCAGUGGGCAGCUCUGCAACCAUAUUUUGAAAGCCACAAUGAUGUAGAAAAGAAUGGAAAAGUCCAUGACCUGGAAAAUCAUCUUCGUGACCCAGAGAUGAAAGUCUGCUUCAUGUUUCUCAGUGUCGACCUCCAGCUGUAUUCAACACCGCCUUUCAGGUGGAUAAUAUUUGGCUGGAUAAUAAGUAUUUUCAUGAUUUCUUCUCUCGUUUUGUGGACAUCACACAGAAAGGUGGACUAUGGGUGGAAAAAUCAACUGACAGAUGAAGACCUCUUUACAGGGGGAGACACCGCAGAGUGGUCUUUAUGAGAAGAUCAUUAUGAUUCUAUCACAUGUCUUUAUAAAAUUCAAAAUUACAUGCUGACCUGUUUAAUUGUCUUUAGUUCAGAGAUCUUCAAUGACUUUCUGGCCGAGGACCCUAAACUGAUGAGAGAUUAAGUAUGGACCCCCUACCUACUAUAUGUGUUCUAUUA